AUGUCCGCGAAACUGCGGCGGAGACUCGAAAUCUUACAGCGAGAGGCUGGAAGAUGGGCCUUGGGGGAACUCAACGCGAACCCCGCUAAAGAAUUUAUAGACGGACAACUGGGAUGGUCCAUAUUCGAAGCCAGAGAAGCGAAAGGUGAGCUCAUUUACCGGGCCAGAAUCAAUGAGAUGAGCGAGACGAUGUGGCCGAAGGCAAUCCAGACGAUGAUGAAGAUUGCGAAUAUACCCAUCAAACUUCCAACGAGAAGUCUAGAGUUGGAAAAGACAUUCGGAUGUAAAAGUAUCCGAGAAAUGCCAAGAUCAACUCUUAGAGUGAGUCUCGGUGUUAAUGAGAAAUACGUGAACGAAACCAUCAAAAACAAACUCGACCAAGAUUGGGUCGAAGGAAUGUUCGACACAAAAGUGAUGUUGGAAGAGUGGGUACAGCGGAACAUCGAUAACCCCUACGGACAAGUCGCAAAACCGCAUCCACCAAGGACCAACUGA